AAAAGGCAUGGAGGUCCGCGCUACGACUUCCCAUAGAGGAAAACUUCCGAGGACGAUGACGACGGCGACGAUGGGGCGCAACUCGGCGGCGGUACUCGUCGUGCUUGCCUGCCUCGUUUCCCUCGCAUCGGCCCAGCAGGUCAAGACGACGGACACGCGCUGGAGCUACCGUCUUCCGCUGCCCGACGGCGUCAGCGGCGCCGAGAGCCUCGCGUUCGCCGGCAAGGACGGGAUCUACACCGGCGUCUCCGACGGGCGUGUCCUCAGGUGGGGCGGGAGCGCCGCCGGCUGGAGCACCUUCGCCUACAAUGCCAACUACAGGAAAAUUCCUUUGUGCUCGGAUUCUGGGGUGCCGUCGGAAGAAAAGGAGAGCAUAUGCGGGCGGCCGCUGGGUGUCCGGUUCAACAGGAAGACCGGCGAGCUCUACAUCGCCGACGCCUACUUGGGGCUCAUGAAGGUCGGCCCGGAAGGCGGCGAAGCCCAGGUGCUAGCGACGGAGGCGGACGGCGUCCCCUUCCACUUCCUCAACGGCCUAGACGUCGAUCAGGCCACCGGCGAUGUCUACUUCACCGACAGCAGCACCAACUAUCCCCGGAGGUUUAACACGGAGAUCAUCAUGAACGCCGACGCGACCGGCCGCCUGCUCAAGUACGACGCGCGGACGAAGCUCGUCACGGUGCUCGAGGCGGACCUGCCGUACCCGAACGGCGUCACGCUCAGCCGCGACAGGACGCACCUGGUGGUGGCGCACACGGUGCCGUGCCAGGCGUUCCGGUACUGGCUCAAGGGGCCCAAGGCCGGGCAGUACGAGCUCUUCGCCGACCUGCCGGGGUACCCGGACAACGUGCGGCGCGACGGGCAGGGCGGUUUCUGGGUGGCGCUCAACCAGGAGAAGGCGCGGCUCAACGCGACGGCGGCUCCGGUGAAGCACUUGGUCGGCGUCCGUCUCGGCGCCGACGGCGUGGAGGUCGAGGAGCUGACGGCCGCCAGGGGCGUGACGCUCAGCGAGGUGGCGGAGCAGAGCGGCAACAAGUUGUGGUUGGGUUCCGUCGAGCUUGAUUAUAUAGGCCUCUUAGUUUGAUCGAUUAUGUGGCAGCGCCUUUAUGGAUUAGUACGGGUUCGUUAGUGGUUGUCUCAGACUAGCCACCAUGGGUAGUAACAUAAAAUAGUAACAUUGCCCAUAUUACUAUUUUAUGUUACUACCUCUAUAAUGGGGAGUAACAUAUGUGUGGUAACAUGCAACACUUUAUUUAUUAGA